AUGGGCUCCCUCGCCGGCAAGGGUGGUGAGGAUGACGAGGCUCGUGGUUCGUCAAUGUCCAUGGCUACAAGUGAUGUGCGGGCGUGUGAGGGAAGAGGGCAAGAGGAGAGCGAGACGCGCGUGAGGCCGCGUGAGGCUUGACCGGUCAAGUCCACGCUCUUCAGCCGGCGCCAUCCAGGAAACAAAGCUCUUAAGCUGCCGCCUUGGACUGCCUGCAGUUCAGGAAAUACUUCUCGGCGGCUCGGCGUGGCGCUCGGGCCGGUCAACCGGUCUCCUUUCCGCCUCAAAAGUCACUGCAGCCCCCCGGUCACCCCUGAGCCGAGUGCUUCGGCGCUCUCUACGGGCGGUGCGAUGCAUUGUGUGCUCCACUCGCUAGUAGCACUCUCCCUGCUCGCCGCAUCCCCGCUCACCGACGCGCUCGCCGGUGCGCGGUCUCAGAUCGUGCUAAAUCACGAGGUCGUCGUCGACCCCACUCUUCACCGAACCGACUCGGCAGCCUCUCGGCCUCGCUCCCGGUGGCAGUCGAUCGGUCCCUUCCCCAUCGGCACAAGGGAGUAUCCCAUCCUACCGCCCUUCCUACCUUCUCUCAAUCAGAGUAGCUUCCCUUCCCCGUUCGUGUUUGGCGCCGAGGUGGGAUGGAACACCGUCGAGGAGGAUCGGGACGGCUGGAUCCGUCUGGGGGACAAGAGCAUAGAGUCAGUCUCAACCGAGUCAUCGUCGACGCUGUCCCCGCCUCCCAUCUCGCUCAUGGGCCACAGACUAAUCCCAAGACGAUGAACCAUCAGCUGGAACGCCCUUCGAUGGACAGCAGGAUGGUCCACGCUCCAACACAGAGUGCACUAUCACCGCGUACUCACCAUCCCACGCACGGGGCUCUACUCGCUCCAUCUUCAAGGCGGAGCGACCGAAUUUUGCUUAUCUCGAAAACUGCAAGAUCGGUCCGAGGACGAAGUCGAUAGGAGAUGGUACAAUGGGAAUGUGUACGACUAUAAGUCUAACUUGGGCCACUUGGUUCGCUUGGAACGAGGCAGAUACGACCUGCGAGUCGAUUAUGUCUUCGAUAUUCGGGUAUCGGGCGAGCCCCCCGAGCGCGGCGUACCGACGGGUAAGUGGAGGCUGGAUGUGGAGGAACAGAAAGAAGAGAUCGUCGUAAGGGGCCAAAGAACGACCGUGCCGAGCUUAGUCAAGGGUUGGAUCAUGGGCGAUGUCGUUGGGGUAGAAGUAAGUAACCUUCAAAGUGCCAAAAUCACGAUCAAGCAAGUCAGGCUCGAGGGCGGUGGCGACGAGGUCAGUAUCCGACGUCUCGCAUGGCCAUACGUUCUGAAGCAUGGAGAACUUAUUGCUUGCUCGCACCACAGAUCGUGGCCUUCCUCAGUCAACCCGUCACGAUCGCGCCGGGGCAAACUCGUCUCGUCGCCAUCCACCUGCGACAAAAAAGAGCGAUUCGCAAAAUGACCUCGCAAACUUCUCACGAGGUUCAACUCAACUUCAGCACCACCACCUUCCUUUCCAAUGACGCCCCUCACUGCGGAAAAAUUACCUUUCCCAUUGUGGACUCGACACUUUCCAAUCCUGCCGUCAUCAUCUCGACCUACCUAUCCAACUCGGGUGCCCCGACCUACGCGAGCUUCCGUCCCCCUCGAGCGACCCUGACCUGCUCUCCCAUCGUAGUCCUAGCACUGCACGGCGCGGGAGUUGAUCCAGCCACCGCACCCGAAUGGGCCUCUUCCAUCAAACCGCGUCAAGAAGAUUGGAUCGUCUUCCCCCUCGGUCUGACCGAAUGGGGUUACGAUUGGCAAGGCCCUUCUUUACACGACUCGUUCUCGGCCGUACAUCACUUAAAGAGCCAUUUGAAGGUGAAGUGGGCCAAAGCCCAUGGGUUAUUGGAAGAUGUGACGUCGUGCGAAGUGAAGAAAUUGGUCGUGCUGGGGCAUUCGAAUGGUGGGCAAGGGGCUUGGUAUUUGAUGAGCCGGUAUCCUGAUUUGGUUGCGGGGGGUGUGCCGGCUGCGGGCUAGUGAGUCGCGGGUACAUCGGAGAAGUGCACGGAGCACGGCGAAGCUAAUUUAUGUCGUGUACACGCGGUCGCAGCGUCAAGAUCCAAGACUAUGUACCAUACCACCUCUCGGUCGGCCACCACUAUCGAGAUCCAAGCUUGGCAGGGGUGAGUGCAUUCGCCGCCGGCACGCAGCUACAAUCCAUUCUCGCUGAUCACUGUCAGGGUAUUCAGAUUCUCAUAUCUAGUCUCGCUUCGUUCGACAACGAUCUCUACGCCUCCAACCUAGUGGGACUUAACAUCUUGGCUCGGCACGGGGUGAGUCGGCGAAUGCCACCCCCAUUCCACUAUCCUGCUGAUCCGCCGACUCGAGGAUUGGCUCUUCUCACCGAAAUUGAUCAUCCAUUUCUACAGAGCAUCGACGACAACGUCCCCGUUCAACACUCACGCCAAUACGUCACCACAGUCCGAGAAUGGGCGACGAGUUCUCAUGCCAAUGCAUCUCAGAUCCAAAUGAGUGAAGUCCCCGAGACGAGUCAUUGGUGGGAUUCGGUCUUCCGAGAGAACAAGACCCAACACUUUAUUGAUGACUUGGUCGAGUCGGCCAAGACGAAUGCGAGAAAUCCCGAGGGUCUUCGCGAACGCGAUAAGGAUCAAAUUGAGUUUACUCUUACCACGGCCAACCCUCACGAAACCGGCUCGAAGCACGGAUUCUUAAUCAAGGAGCUCGAGACGCCUGGCAGGUUAGCUCGGCUCCACGUCAAAUUAUGGACAUCAGAGGCGGGAUUAAAGAUGUCUCGGAUCGAAACCACGAACGUAUACGCCUUCUCAAUCGGUCCAUUGCCCUUCCCCUCGAAGCAAAUUGCGCAGCUCAGUAUCAACGUUCAACCCAGCAUCGAUCUCUCGACGACCGAAGCACCCGGCGUGUAUCGCCAUUUCGUGCAAUCUCCCCACGACAGAACAUUCUCGCAGGCACAAACACCUCCCCUCGCCCGUCCGUACGGACCCCUUCUCUCGAUCCUUACGACCCCUCACCCUCUUCGAAUCGUCAUUGGGACUCAAGGAUCGAGCUCCAGAACCGAGCACCUUCGAUCUAUCGCUCGUCGCAUCGCUUCAGAUGCUUAUCUAUACGGACGAGUGGAUUCAAUCAUUCAGGAUGAUGUGCCAUUCCUCGAGAAGGAGCAUGUUGUGGGCGAAAGUAAUUUGGUGCUUCUUGGGGACUCGUUCAGCAACUCGGUGACGAACACAUGGGAGAAGGACCGGAGGGUACCCGGUAAGGCCCGGUGCAGACUACUUUAGUCGCACUACUCUCCUUACUCUUUGUCUGCUUCGUGGUUUUGUGUGCAGUCACAUUCCUCUCUCCCUCGGCGAUCAAGAUCCACGACCGAGUAUUCCAGGCCAAGCACCAAGGUCCGACCUACCACUUCAUCGCCUCCAACACUCUACUGACCCCGAUUCAUGGCAUCCAUUCCAGGAAUCAUCUACCUCGCCCCCCACCCUUUUUGCUCUUCUUGCCUCACCCUGGUGCUGAGCGGUACGGAUUCGCUCGGUCUUGAGAGGGCUUAUCGCCUCUUCCCUUUCAGGACCGGCGUGAGCUUACCCGAAUGGGGUACGUGAUUUGCGGGACUCUGCUCUAAGAGCAACAAAAAAAACCGUUACUGAUGGCUAUUCCGCUACUGUUCCCAAUUCAAUUGAUCACCGCGCAGUCGUUUCCUCUGGAGCCGAGGACGGGCAGAAAGGAGGGAUCGAAGCAGCAGGGUCAGUCAUCGAUCGUUAACCCUAGCAGUUUCGGGCCAACCGAUGGCGUGCCCCAGAAAAGUUCAAAGAACUGACCUUGCGUACGCGUACGCACCAUUCCUACUAGGUUUUGGGGUAGGGAUUGGGGUUGGAGCGAGAGCAUGUCCUUUUUGUAA